AUGUCGACAUUUUCACAAAUUACGAGGACGCUUAUGCGCACCUCCAAAGCACGUUCAGUCAAGUCCACGGUUCUACCAUCGGUGCCAAUUGCUCGACUUCACCAACAGGGCCCCUCGCGCUCGGCCGUUGUUCAUGAACCAGCACUUCCUCAGAGCCAGGGCACAGUGUCAUCCCAGGCCGGACAAUCGCCUUUUUAUACACCAACGCAGACACCCUCAAAGUCGCAGUCGAAAACAGCCAGCUCGGAUGAAUCCGCCCUCGAUGCUCUCAUCUCUCAGAUGCCACUCGUGCAGUCCCUGCGUCAGUCUCGCAAGACUUACAAGGAAUCACGCCCACACCUUUUAAUUACGCCCGCGAUUCGACAGCACCACUUCGUCGGGGGAAGCCUAGCCGGCAGCGGCAAGCUUACACUAGCGCCGUAUAUGUGGACUUCAUCCAAGAAGUCCGAGUCUGAGUCCGGUUCCGGCAAAUCUACUCGCGCCAGCAGCGUCGUGUCCGUGUUCCAUAUUGGUCGCGAUCUAUGCGGUCACCCUGGCUUUGUCCAUGGCGGUCUGCUCUCAGUGUUAUUCGACGAGGUAUUCGCGAGAUGUGUCUCGGCUGCGUUUCCGAGUGGAUUAGGCAUGACGGCUAAUUUGAACGUUGAUUUCCGGAAGCCUGCUUUGCCGGAUCGAUUGUACGUCUUGCGCGCCCAGACCACCAAGGUUGAAGGGCGAAAGGCCUGGGUCGAGGGAAAGAUGACAUAUGUGCCUUUGGCCUUGAGUCUGCCGGUGAAUGACACGAGCAUUGCUCAGGGCUGUGACAUGUUGAGUGAGGAUAACGGAGACGCGGUGAUGGUGUCAGAAGCGAGGGCUUUGUUUGUGGAGCCCAAAUUUGCCGAUUCAAUGGUGUCAGUCUACCGAACCUGA